CUGGCUCGGGUCACGUGAUGCACAGCGGUGCGGAAAAGCAGCAGGACGAAGAUGGCUGAAUCGACGAACUUUAGUAAAGCAUCAGUGGUGACUUUUAUAUUGUUUUUCGCCGCCUGUGUGGCUUCAGGGAGCAGCACGGCUCAGGUGCCACUUCUUAUGUGGUCUAGCAAAAGUUUGCCACCUCUGGCCUCUCCACUGGCUGGACACAUAACAUCCAUGGAGGAACUGGCUGCCUACCUCACCCCUGCCUUUAGCUCCGGCCCCCAAACUGUGCUCAUGUUCCUGCAGGACAAGUUAAGCAAAGAUGACUUCACCCUGUUUGGUGGAGUGUUUGGAAACAAGCAGGAAAGUGCCUUUAGGAACCUUGAGGCGGCACUCCAGUCCUCUUCCUCGUCAAUGACCUUUCCUGCAUUGGAGUGGACCGGAGAGUCUGCCAUUCCCAGUCUGGUGCAGGAGAAGCUUGGUGCUUCCCCCCUGCUUGUAGAUGCAGACACUCUGUCUCACCUGAGCCUCAACACAUCUGUUAGCAAUUUACUGCUCAUCAAUCUGCCUUAUUGUAGCGGCUCACUCAAGUCUUGCAAGGAGGUCCUCUCUGGCAAUGAUGAGGUCAUGGGAAAGGUUCUGAGUUUCCUGAAGGCCAAAGAUGUUUCAUACACUGCAAUAUACACAGGGCUCCAGCCAUCCCAAGUGAUUUCAAGGUCAUCUUUGUUAAACCAGCAAGUGGGCCGGACCUUGUUACAAGCCCCUGGAGCUGUUGUUAGGCCGCCUAUAAUAUAUAAUGUGUCAGGGGGUCCCUGCAUUAUGCUGUGGGCUCAGAGUCUCUUAAUCAGCCUUAAAAGUUCUUCAGAGUGGAUUGAUCUUGCUGCGCAAAGUCCAACAUUAUCAGGAUCCAUGUGUAACAGCACCAAUUCGAUGCUUGUGCUUAACUUUGUGAAUUACACUCUGAGUUUUGCAAUGAGUCAGCGGUUCUAUCCAGUUUCUGCUCGGAACUGGUUCACCCUGGACUCUGUGCAGUUGCAGGUGCAUCAAACUGGUCAAACUGGGUCUUUUAUUGGGAGUCGUGGGAUCUAUGCCCCCGCAGAGUAUUCCUUCCGCUGCCAGUCUGUCAGCAGCUUCCGAGAUGCCCUGCUGAUUCCAUCCAACCAAAACACAUCUCAGUGGAGGCUGAAUUUCAUUGACUUCCAGAUUCAGGGUUUUGGUUUGUCUAAUUCGACAAACUUCUCCUAUGCCAGCGACUGUGCAGGAUUCUUUACCGCUGGGAUUUGGAUGGGCCUCAUCACCUCACUGCUCAUGCUGCUAAUUUUUGUGUAUGGCUUGCAUAUGAUAAUGCAGCUAAACACUAUGGAUCGCUUUGAUGACCCCAAAGGUCCAGCGAUAUCAGUCCCUCAGUCAGAGUGAAGCAUUUAUUCAAAGAUGCACUUCAAUGUCUUUCAGUGCCUAAUGAAGCCAGAGGAGACUCUCUGCCAUAUUGCUUGUAUGUCUGGACCUGUAUGGAUGCUUUUCUUUGGUUCUCUUCAGCAACUUCCUGACAGAUGUUUUUAGAGGCUGUUGCUUUUUAUAAGCCACAUUCCUUUUUUUUUUUUCUCCACGUCUUACUGUCCCAAAAUUGAUGUGUUAUAUGAUUUGAUUUCAUGUGUAUGUGCUAAAAGAUUGUGCUUGGUACUACAUAUAUUUUGCAAAAAGCAGUUUGCACUCUUGCCAAAAUGCAUGUGGCCGCUGAAUGCUGUUGGACCACGACAGACCUCAGACCUUACACUUUAAUUAUUUCCCAAUAUAACUAACUUGAAAGCUACUGGUAAUGAAAAAAGUGCCUGUGUAAAAUAUAUUUUUUCACUUGUCAGGGUUCAGCCACACACGUUUAUCACUGUUAUGAGACAUUCUCUUAAACUGUAAUUUAUUUGUAUAAAAGAAUUUCUUUGUUUACUUUGCCUUCCAAGGCUAAGGGUUAACAGCUUAUUCAUAAAGAUCCUCAGCUGUACUGUAAAUUGUCUAAUUGCGAAUAAAGAGAAAUGGAUUUAACAAUGAUA